AUGGGCCCAGAAUGUGCCUUUUCUUCGUCAGAAAAAUACACUUCACCAAUGGAAGGUGACUCUCUGGCAAGGCGUAUAUAAACGGGUGCAUCGCCGACAUCUAUCACAUCAUCACUCCUUCUGACACUUAGUAGAUCAAUUUUUCCUAUUUGUCAAUAUCCUUGGUUUCAGUUUCUUGUGUUGUUGUCUCCUUUGUAACAGGCAUUCAGUCUUUUUUAAGGCUCAAAGGAAAAGCUCACCGUUACAGAGCUGUGAUGCGCCACCGCGGUGGCGGUUUUCACAAAAUGCUUUUAUCAUCCAAGUACGUAUCCGUACUUAAGGACAGUGAUGAUUUAAUUAUGAUUUUGUUAGGAAAGCUUGUGAAUUAUUUUUAUAAAGGAAUUAUUAUUAACAACUUACAAAUUUUGGUUUCUAUUAAUAUAAUUUGUGCUAAUGUUCCUGCUCGCUGUUUUAUGUUAAAGAUAAAAUAUCAUUCUGGUUAUAAUUCAUGUUCACGAUGUAUUAAUAAAGGGCAAUAUAUGAACAAUCUAGUUUGUUUUUCAUAUUCAAAUGUAAAUUCUGCUCCAAGAAUUGAUGAAAACUAUUGAAAUUAAACAAAUGGAGAAUAUCAUAUUUCACCUAAGCCUUUAAUUAUUACUGAGCUAUCUAAUUUUGAUGAUACAAAUUAUUUUAUUCUAGAUUAUAUUCAUCUCACGAAUUUGAGAGUAAUGCGCAAACUAUUGUGUUUUUGGGUUCUAAAAAGCCCUUCAAAUGUUUGACUUUCUGGGAAAAAAAUAUGCGAAUUGAUUGAAUUAUUAUUAAAAUUUAGACCAUUUUUUACUUCGGAGUUUUAUAGAAAACCUAGAGUAGUUGAAGAUAUUCUUCGAUAGAAGUCUACAGAGUUUCGAUUAUUUCUAAUUUAUAUAGGACCAUCUAUACUUAAAGAUGAUUAUUAUAAUAAUUUCAAGUGUUCAAAUGUAGUUGUAACAGUUAGCAUAUGAUGCCAUAAGGUCUGUGCAAUUUAAAGUAUUAAAUGCAUAAAGUAAAAAUAUGAUGGAUAAUGUCUAAUGUAAAAUUUAAAUUAGUAAUUUUAUUUAAAAUAAAAAAUUAUAAUUAAAAUUUUACAUUUAUAAAAUAGUAUUGUACAAAUUAACUAAUCAACAUUUUAAUUUCAUUUGAACAUGUUAACUGGAUUAAUUAUUUUUAAUAAUAUACUUUAUUGUGUACAUAAUAGUACAUACUAUAUAACUUAUAUUUAAGUAUCCAAGUAACGGGCAACUAAAAAUACAUAUUAAUUUUGUAUAAACAUAAUUUUUUAUAUUUUUUUUCUUUUAAAAUAAAAAUAAAAAUACUUAAUUAUGUCAAAUUCUCUUUUGAAAAUUAAACGUUCUAAAAUUAAUAUAUAUAUUGUAGGGUACAUAUUAUCUGCGUCUUUCCAGAACACUAAACAUGUAUUAUUUGUAAGUUCCUUCUCAGUAUAUUAUACAAUUAAAUCAUUAAACAAAUUAUUGAAUUUUAGAAUGUAUUAAAACAUCGCCCUGAUUUAGUAAACAAAUACACCGUUAAAGGUGUCAUGGAUUUUGAAUGGACGAGAUAUUUAUGGAAAUUAAAUCAAGUGAUUAUAUUACUUAAUAUCACUUUAAAUAUUACACAUAAUUAAGUCUGUUAAUAAUGUAUUUUUAGAAAAUCGUUUAAACCAAUUUUGUAUAAAUUUAGUCUCUAGGUGGUGUGAAACAUCAUAAUCAAGAUACAGUGGCAAUAUUUAUUGAUAAAUACUACAUAGGUACUUACGAUGAAUUUAUAAACUACUUAAGCACUGAGUACAAUUUCAUAAUUAGUUUAUGGCCAUUGAAAUAUAAACGCCUGAUUUGGAACGAUAUUCAAAAUUAUUAUGACAAUCAUAAAGUAAAUAAUGCAAGAAUUAUAACUGUAGUAAUAGUAACUAUAUAUAUAUAUAAUGACAAUAACUAAUAGUAAAAGUAUAAGCAUUUAUGGCUGAAUGUAUGAAAUUCAGAAAUUGUAAUAAUGUAGGUAUUUUAUCAUCAAUUUUUACCAGGGUUUAAAAAUCGAAAAACUUAAUAUAUACGUGAGGUCGUAAUCAAUCGGCAAAUAAAUAGAAUAUCAAUGAAUAGAAUACUAUGUUAUUGAUGUUCUUUUUUCAGAAGCGUAAAAAUCAUUUAAAAAAAAAAAGUUUAUAUUAAAGUCACUGAUCUGCGUCAGUGACCACUAAAUUCGGGCAAUUCAAAAUUUUUCAUAUUGCCGAUAGUCCAUAAUAAUAAUUAAAUGUAUAAGUAUAAGUAUAUGUAUAAGUAUACGUACAAUAUUUGCUUACUUACAUAUUUUUAGUUGACAUUUGUCCGUAUGGUUUUUGACGUCAACAACUGGGAAAUCGGUCACAUUGUUUUUGCUGUAAGUAUCUACCUUAUUUAACAAUAAUAAUAAACCUACAUGCAGUGACGGCGCGAAGUAUUCUUAUCUUAAAUUAAUAUUUAAUUUCCACCCACCUACUAAAAAUACCCCAAAAUUUACUAAUUAUUUAUUCUUUUAUUGACUUUUCUUUUGUAAAAACAAUGAUUUUUGUUAUAUUUCUGAAUACCCAGACACCAUAACCUACCUAAAAACGCUUAUCAUGUGGAUUAUAAAAUGUUUUACAAAAAUCAGCAUUUAAACAAACAUUUUAUUCUAGCCAUUGGCAUUAAUUAUAUUUUGAAACUAAAAAUGUCUCCACAUACUUAUAUUCUUUCAAUGGGUUCCUAUUUUCUUCUUCUAUAAUGUUGAUAAUAUUAUCUAUAUAAUAUAAUAUUGUAUAAUAAUUUAUAGUAUGUAUGGGGAAUCAAUAUUUUAUAAAAUUAUAUUUUUAUUUUAUCUAGAUACAAAGCUGUUGAGCAAAAGCAAAUUAAAUUACUUUACUAAUUAACUUUAAAUGUAAAAUAAUUAUUUGCAUAAUUUAAUUUAAAAUAAGUGGCACUACUAAUAUCAUCAAUAUUUACUAUUACUUAUAUAAUUAUUAGAUUAAUGCAAACUGCUUUUUAAUUAAGUACUUAACUCAUUUUAUAUUCACCCUAUACAAUCUUUAGACCAGGGACUAGAACUUUUAAGAUUUUAAGGGUUUCCGUUAGAUAUAAAAAUUUGAAAAAAAAAAACUACCUAAUAGAAUAAUAGCGGAACUUAUUUAUAGAUAUUUAUAAAUAAAUCUAUUUGUAUUCUUUUUUAAUGGAAUUAUGUAAUUCUUCAGUAAAUACUACAACUAGCGGUGUAUUUAGGUUUAUUUAUUUUUCAUGGGGAGAGUUCGAAAAAUUUUUAGAAUACAGAACCGUGGGAGGCUUCACCCCCACACCCCCUAAUAACUCUUUAUUAAAUAAAUAUACCAUAUUUAUUUUAUAAGUCGAUGUAAAAUUUUUGCAAUACUAUGGCAAGUUCCAUGGCAACUUAGCGAUUACACAGAAUGGAAAAGUAAAACAUUUAGGUUAAGAUAAUAUUAAAAAUUACCUAUCUACAAAAACAUUAUCCAAAAAUAAAUUACAUAACAUUUUAUUCUAUGAUUACAAAACAAAAUCUAAGCGUCAUUUCGUCAAUAAUAACAUCCACAUUGAGGGGUAUGUCCCGAUUAAUUGACAUUAAUGCCAGUCCAUUAAGCUUAUUUUAAAUACAAAACAAAUUUAAAAUAUAAUUAGGUAAUAAUUAUAAAAUUCAUGAAACUAUUGAUAAAAAAUAAUAAAAUUAAUACGAUAAGAAAUGUUUACCGCACAGUAACAUGUAUAAUUUUUAAGCUUUUUUCAUCAUCAAUACGAUCAAAAAUAUCCUACCAUAAACAGUAGCCGCUAGCUGAGUUUCCCUGACUGCCAUCGACCUUUAUGACAAAAUUAUAAUUUACGAAUUUAUUUAAUUUUAUGUUGUAAUAAUCAUCAUAUUGCCAUCUAUCAGAUAUACUUUACGCCAUCGUAAAACUGGCCAGUAAGCAAUCUAUAAUAUUUAUAAUCAAUGGUUAUACCUAUCAAUUACCUGCUAAAAGGUAAAUGAUUAUAAAAUAAAUAUAAAAUUGUAUCGAUGGUCGACCGUGCGAAAAUUAAUUUGUUUUCAAUUUUACUGACAGUAAAUUAGUAUUAUUUUUCAAAAACAAAAUAUUCGUUAUAUUAUCAUCACUAUCUUCUCCUCGUGCAGUAUAUAAAUUUUUUUUAGUUUCCCAAGCGGUUUCCAAAAUAUUUGGGAAAAACCAUGUUAAAACGUAAGAAAAACGGGACAUUUACGAAAAUAAGGCUUUUAAUAUUUUAAAUUUUGUUAUUUGUUGUAAUUUAUUUUCAAAUAUCCCUAGAUACUUUAAAUUUGAACAUACAACUAAUAUUUGAUUUUUUUAGACAUAGUAAAAUUUUCAAAAUAUUUUUUUACCAUUUUUGAGCUAUUUAUAGACAUUUUAAUUUUUCAAGUUAUGUACGUAAUUUUUAUUCAGUACGUACUCGGUGGUAAAAUUGUUAGGCUUUAACAGAAAUGCUUGAAAAUUCAACAAGAGUUCCUUAAAAGUCGUACUUUUUAGUCAAAAAACAAAAUUUGAGUUUAACGUGGUUUUUUUAUAAAGAAAAUUUAAAAUCAUGUGGAACAAAUCUAAUUUUUAGUUUUGAACAUUUCUAUAUUACUGAUUUAAGAACUAUAGUGAAGUCAGAAUUAAGUAGACUGACUUAUUUUCGAAAUUGUAGCUUUUUGAAGUUCUGAUAUAAGUUAUGUUAAAUAACUCAAUAAUGACAAAUUUUAAAGUGGUUUUCGUAGUCUAGUGGUGGUAUUUGCUUGUCCCAGAUAUCAUGUAAGUUCAAACCCAAGUUCCGAAAAGUAUUUUUUUCAUUUGUUUUUUUUUCCCUUCUACCGAAACAGGAAAAGAACAAAUGUAUUUAGAAUGCACUUAGACCCAAACCAUCGCUCACUAAUUUGAUCUACUCGCACUAAAAAUAUUAAACAAAUAUUAUUAAAAAAAAUAUAUAAUUAAUAUGUAAUUAUUUUACAAAAAUAUGACAUAUAUAUUGUUGAAAAAGCCAUACUAUUGACCGAACUUCGCUCAGAAUCUUUUUUCGUUAGCAAUGGUUAAUCGUUGAGUACAGAUAUAGUAAUUAAAUUCAAUUUCUCCUCUAUCUUCCCAACUUUUCACCUACAACAGUGGCCCACCUAUAUGAGAAAUAUAUCCAUCUUUUUUUAGGUUGACUUUAAAAUGAUUUUAAUUAAUUAAUUAUAUAUUUUUUUACAGACCUACAAAAUUUGUAAAUAAAUUGGGGGUCUAUAUUCUGAGAAAUAGGAAUUUUUUUCAAUAGCCUAGAAGCGCCUUUUAGGUUAAUCCGGCUCUGGAUCCUUUUUAAACAUAAUAAAUCAAUAACUCCCAAUUUUAUGUUGUAUAUCUAAUUAUAUAGCUAAAUGAAAAUAUAAAUUACACUAAGAUUAUUACAGAUUGUUAUUGUUAUUGUUAUUAUUAUUAUUUUAUUAUUAUCUUAUUGUUAUUUGUCUAAAUAUAAUAAUGUAAUUGUAUAGCUGUUCGAAAAACUAGUUCCAAAAACAUGCGAAUAUUUUCGGCAAUUAUGCCUGAAUACAACUGAUGGAUAUACGAACAGUUCUAUUCACAGGAUAGAUGUAAUUAAUGGUUUUAUUCAAGCUGGACGUAAGCAAAUUAUUUAUUUUAUUAAGUGUCAUUAAAAAGUGUGACAAAUUUAUUAGCAUUAUACUAUAUUAUUUUUAUGACAGGUAUAUUUACUCGAACAGCUUAUUUAAAAAAAGAAAACUACUUGCUCAAACAUGAUAGAAGAGGCAUGUUAUCUUUCGUUAAUAAACAUAAAUAUUUUAAUGGUCCAGAAUUUGUCAUCAGUCUUCAACCGAAUUCGUGGAUGAACGAUGAAUAUGUAGCAUUUGGGUGAGUAAAUAAAAAAUUUAAUUAAUAUUAACGUAAUUAUAAAAACAUAAUAAUAUUAAUUAUCUACACAUUAUGGUACAGAUAUGCAGUCGAUGGAGAACAAACCUUAAAAUAUAUCGAAAAAUUUUCUGACACAAAUGAAAGCCUUAACCAACAAAUACGGAUAACUUCGUGCAACGUUAUAGUUAAAACCAUGGAUUCACUCCACUCCAAUACUCGUUCCUCCGAAACCGAAAUAGAAUCGUUUUUAAGUUCAAUUAUUCACACUGGCAUUUUAAAAUCAAUGUAUAUAAACGUGUAUGGAAAACCCGAACCACUACAUAAGCCUUUACUCUCGGAAUAUGAAUACAUGAAAUCAAUAGUUAUGAUUAUUAUGAAUAAAGUUUGGAAUAAAACUAUAUACAGCAGUUCACAACUGAAUAAAGUUUGGCGUCAAAAUUUUUACAGCAAUUCACAUGUGCCACAAAAGACAUUAACAUCUAAUACUUCAUCCGAUUGGGAUACAACAAAUGAAAUAAAAUCUAUAAUAAAAUUACGACCAUAUUCUAAUAAUGUAGAUAGAAACAACAAUUCUAGUAUAACUGCAAGUCCAAUAACCAGUAAAUCAAUAUUAUUAAAAACAAAAUACAGCAAUAAAACAACAAACGGAUGUUACAUUUCUUUACCUAAAAAACAUAAAGACUAUAGAAGAUGUAAACAAAUAUAUGAAAGUAUUUGCAAAUAA